GAGGCUCCAGCGGCGGCGGUGGCUCUGGCUCCGGAGCUCUCGGCGCCCCUUGGGUCCUGUCCUCUCCUCGUUCGGCUCCCGCGCCAGCCUACCUCGUUCCUUCGGCGCCAUGACCACCACGACCACCUUCAAGGGUGUGGAUCCCAACAGCAGGAAUAGCUCCCGGGUUUUGCGGCCUCCAGGUGGUGGAUCCAAUUUUUCCUUAGGUUUUGAUGAGCCAACGGAACAGCCUGUGAGGAAGAACAAAAUGGCUUCUAACAUCUUUGGGACACCUGAAGAAAAUCCCCCUUCUUGGGCCAAGCCAGCAGGUGCUAAAUCUCGUGGUGGUCGGGAAGACUUGGAGUCAUCUGGACCACAGAGCAGGAACACCUCUGAAGCAAGCUCUGGAGACGUCUUAGAUCUGAAGGGAGAAGGAGAUGUUCAUGAAAAUGUGGACACAGACUUCCAGGGCAGUCUGGGGCCAAGCGAAGAGAAGCCAGUGCCCGCCGCUCCCGUGCCCAGCCCUGUGGCCGCCGGCCCGGCCCCGGCCAGGAGAAACCCCCCCGGGGGCAAGUCCAGCCUGGUCCUGGGCUAGCUCCAGCCGCCCUGAACUCUGUUGUCUUUGUUCGUCUCUCCGUGCUUGUGAACUGCACAACUUGAGCCUGACUGUACAUCUUUUGGAUUUGUUUCAUUAAAAAAGAAGCACUUUAUGUACUGCUGUCUUUCUUCCCCCCUUCCUCUCUCGUUUUUUCUUUCUAAGGAGCAAGUGUCUAGUUCUCUGACUCCUUUGGGUCUCUGGGCCGUGGCAUGGGUGUUUUCUAGUAGUAGAUUGGAGGGAACGCUUUGUGGCUCUUAGUACUGUGUCUUUAAGAACAAAUGAUCCGGUUCCUGAUGUGUUUGCUAGAGGCUCUUUUGUACUUUUUUUUUUUUAAUUAAAAAAAUUUUUUUUUA